CCCCUCUCGGCCGCAGGCAUGUGAUGCUGCCCAAAGACAUCGCCAAGCUGGUGCCCAAAACCCACCUGAUGUCCGAGUCGGAGUGGCGGAACCUGGGCGUGCAGCAGAGCCAGGGCUGGGUGCACUACAUGAUCCACGAGCCAGAGCCACACAUCCUCCUCUUCCGACGGCCGCUGCCCAAGAAGCCAGAGAAGUGAGCAUUCCUUGGGCUGGCCGCAGCCCUCAUCUGCCUGGGCUACAAAGCACCUUCAUCAUCAUCAUCCUCCUCCUCCUCCUCUCUCACACCCCCUGUUCAUAGGAGCUUUCCCGGUUGGGGCAGAGCCACUGGGUGCCCGAGAUGCUCAUGAACUCAGUGCCAUCUGGGCACCUGCAGCGGCUCAGCCCCGAGCACCGCGCUGUGGGGACGGGGUUCUCAAAAGCUUCAAUAAAAGGAUAUUUGGGA